CCAAAACAGUGUUACUAUGACAACAGAUAAGAUUUUUGUCUAGUUCGAAACGAGACAAUUUAUUUGUUUAUUAAUGACUGAAAUGUGUCCACUACUAGUGAAACUCAAGUAAUAUUUUUGAAAAUCGCAAGACUCUUACAAAUUUGAAUGGAGGAAAGAAGGCAAAGCAGAGGUGAUGCAAUGGCAGUUGAUGGUGGGCCAGGAUUUGCGUAUAUGAUGUUCGUACUGAUGGAGAACCUUUUAGACAAGCUGAAACUCUUAAAUUACGAUACAGAAUUCACCCAGGAAUUUAAAAUAAAGCACAUUAAUAAGCAUUAUUUUGCAAUUCAAACUAAUCCUGGAGAGCAGUUUUUUAUAUUUUCCUCAUUGGCUGCUUGGCUGAUCAGAAAAUGUGGAAUGAGAUUUGAUACUCCUCAAGAAAGUGAUGAUCCCAAUGGUACCAUAGCAAGCAUACUGGAGCAAGUUAGGCAAAUGGGUGUGACUGUAGAUUUCCCUCCGAGCAAAUUAAAGCAAGGAUGGGGCGAACAAGUCAUUUUUGUUCUUUCACGCCUAGCCGAUCAAGCGCUCAUGAAAAACGCUUUCAAUUGGAAAAGACCAAUAAUUUUGCCUGAAGAUGACGAUGGCAAUGGUGAAGAAAUGGGUGCUGAUGAUGCUGAAGUAACUUUAGAAAAAAUUGAAGAAGAAAUGAUUGCAGAAGCAUAUGAGGAGGCUGAAUCAGAUGAUGAAGGAGAAAUAUUGGACUUGGAAGCACUUAGAAAUUUAUCAAUGGCAAAAGAGGAUAAAGGAGAGAAAAACAAACCUGAUGAAGUGAUGGAGUCUAAUAUUGAUGCUAUGGAAUGGAAACUUGAAGUUGAAAGAGUGAUGCAUCAACUAAAGGUCACAGUGCGCAAUGAUUCAAGGGAUUGGCGAAGUCAUUUAGAUCAAAUUCACCAGCAUCGAAAGAACAUCGAUGAGACCUUAUCCAGUACAAAGCUCCAAUUGGAUAAACUUCAUUCUGACAUCAGCCGUUCUUUAGAGAAAAUAGGCAGCAGGGAAAAAUAUUUGAACAAUCAGUUAGAGCAGUUGGUAUUGGAGUACCGCACUGCUCAAGAUCAACUCGCUCAAGUGAAGGAACAGUAUAAAUCUGUUAGUGGUGGUGUCACAGAAAGAUCACGUAUUUUGUCUCAGAUAACUGAAGAACUAGAUCAAGUAAAGCAAGAGAUGGAAGAAAGAGGAUCUAAUAUGACUGAUGGAAAGCCAUUAGUGAAUAUACGAAAAGCCUUGUCAAAGCUGAAAGUGGAAUUGAGUCAAAUUGAUGUAAGAAUUGGCGUUGCAUCUCAUACACUUUUGCAAGCAAAACUCAAAGAACGAGGAAAUUUCCAAAGAGCCAUCAACAAUCCUCCAAUGUUAAAUACAUUUGGCACUGUAUUUUAAGAAGUUGAAACUUGUUUCACCGUGUCAUUCAAGCAUGCUUAGAACACAGUGCCUUUUUUAUUACCAAAAAAAAGCCCUCUUAUAUCUGUAGGAUUGAUAUGCUGCAGGCAGCUAAACGACAGUAUCUGCAGAAAUGAGUUUUCGUGACUACUUGAAGAGACCUGUUCUCUGAAUUCAAUACGAAUAACGGGGAAAUAGUGGAGUUAGACGUUUUUUUCACGCUUUUUUUUCAGUGGAACCCAAAUAAGCAAGCUUGCACAAUAAAGCUAAUGUACAAUAGAUGACAAAAAUGCAAAAAAAAAAAAUAAAUAAAUAAAUAAAUAAAUAAAUAAAAUAAAAUAAAAAUUUGCAGUUACUGCCUUUUACAUGCCCAUAGAAUUUAUUUUUGUAAAAUAUUUUCAAACUUCAUUCACCAUAUUGUACAUAUAAAUGAUUUAUAACAUGCUUCAUAGUCAUUAACUUGCUGUUCAGCACAGUUUACAAUAUUCAAAUUAUGUUUGAAUUUUGUUGCAUUGCAUUGAGGAACAUUAAAAGCACUAAUUUUGCUAAAUAUUUUGCUAGCUUUUGAGUGUGAGUUCUUGUUUAACUAUUGAAUUAUUUUUUCUUGUUAAUAAAAAUCUGCUUAUAUAAUUUAUUUUUAAAAAUAGCAUUAAAAAACUGGUCUGUCUGAAAAGUAUCUAAAGUACAUCAUGAUUUUUUUCAAUCCUCACUUAAUGUUUUUAACUUCGAUCCAAGGAGUCUUAGUGUUUCCUUGCGGAAGAAAUGUAAAAUAAAAUUGAUAUUUGAGAAAAAAUAUUAAAAGCACAGAAAAUUGAACUAAAAAGGUUUAUUAACAGUUAAAGAAUUAAUGAAAAACCUGCAAAUUUAUGAUUUUAAGCCAAACAAAUAUGACACAUUGAAGAAACAUGAAUGAUUUUGCAUUAUUAUUGUAUUUAUUACCAUUUCUCAAAAUUCAUUCCUUUACAUUGGUUAUAGUUAUCUUAUAUUUCUUUGAUUUCUGAAGUCGUUUCAUGGAAUCUUUUCUGAUUUGAAGUAAUUUUAGAUUACAGCAUAACUUUUAUUUUCGAGUAUAGUUAUCCUUGAUGACAUUCGAGUCCUUUAUCACAACAGCUAUUAAUAUUUAAUUACAUAGCAAGUCAACUUUCAUUGAUAUUAGUAUGUGAUGUAUAAUUCAGUGUGAGCAAAUUUUCCUGUUGCUCAACAUCUAGAAGUACACUUUAAUUCAUGAUAUCUAGUCACUUUACAUUUGUUAUUAAUUUUAACUGUUUUUGCUUAUUUUGUCUCCUACUUUUAAGAAAUAUUUAGUAUUAAGUACCAUGUUAUUGUGCGAACUUUUCGUUGUUUAGAAAUUUAGUUGCAAAUUAUUUUGCAAAAUGCUAGUUUCAGGAUAGAUAAGAAGACUACGGCAUUCAAUCCUUGAAAGCACCCCCUCUAAUACUUUCUCAAUUAUGAAUUCUUCAAUUUGUUUUCAAAAUAAAAUAAUUUUUUUUAUAAAGGUUCAAAUACAUGUAAAUAGAAAUUCUUGUAAUACAAUAGCUUUUUAGGAAAGUUUUGUUGCUACUCAUAUUUUCAUUUUAAAAUGGCUCACUUAAAAAAAAAUCGUAAUUGUCUCAAAACUUUUCUUGAAGAAUGCUAUUUGUCAAGUGCCUGUAAGCAGUAGAAGUAUCUUCGUUUUGUAUUAUUUUGAAACAUUUCUAGUCAAGUUCAAAGCCAUAUUUGGCAAAUUUUUAUUUCACUCAUGCUUUUAAACUUAUCCAAAAUAAGUUAUUUUCAGUUUUUUUGCAUAUUGUAGUUAUAAUUGUUCAUUUUCAUAUCAAGACUAUCAAAGUCUCUCAUAAAGUUAUUUUUAAAAAUAAAUAAAUGUAUCAGAAAUUUUACCUCAGCAAAGUGCAAAAUGAUGAGAAAAUUGUAGAAAUAAAGCAUUGAUUAUAAUUACAGUGAUCUCUCGCUUAUACGCGACCUCUGUUAUAGGCGUUUUUCACUUAUGCGCAUUUUUCUCACGGGCCCGUCCAGCAAUAUAGGAAAACAAUGUUAACUCUUGUUCAUUUAUACGCGAAACCUAAAAUGCACCUUUCACUUAUGCGCGAUAAAAAAUUUUCAAGUUUUAGGUUAAUCGCCUAUUCACGCUUUGCUUAUCGGAGAUUUGUACCCUUCUUGAUGUCUCUUGGAAUGCUUUCACACACCUUUAUUCCAAUGUUCAAAAUGUUUGCAAGAACGAGUUUUUUUCGCGCAAGUGUGCGAUUGGGGGUGCAGUUAGUCUUGUGAUUGACAUCGAGAGGGGAGAACGGGUUGCAUGCGAAAAGGUUGACCUCCUAAUAAAAGUCGUGGUGAAGCGGAAAGCAUUGACAUAGCCUGUCGAGGAUCUUUUGUAUCCUCACAGACUAUGACACUGAUCACGCGACAGUUUUUAGGUUUUGUGGAAUUCGCUUACAUACUGUACAGUGUAUAUAAAAUGACAAAACUUGCAACUUCAAAUUUUACAUUUUUAUUAAAUUACUAUGCAUAAAUGGAAAUUAUGAGCGUAUUUAUUCAUUAGUAUCAGUAGUGUACUAUUAGUAGUACUAUAACUGUUGAUAACUUACUGUAUUUAAGCUUAUUCAGGGGUGAUUGUGUUCCUGUAUUUUACCGAAUUUCCGGUAUUUUCGGACGUAUUUCCGGUAUUUUUAUGUCCAAAAAUACCGGAAUUUUUUUUUUUUUUUUUUUUUUUUUUUUGUCAUGCUUUUAUCUCCCUACCUCCGCAAUUUUUUUAAGUUAUAUAAUACUCAUCAAAUAUACCUGCAAGAGCCGUAAGAUGGACACCUGUCUCUUAAGAUGGACAAAGAAAUGUCAAAAUAAUUUGUAUAACACCAGCUCAAAAGUAACUUUGUAACCCAUUAAAAAUUUAAUCACAUGUACACACAAUAUUUUGACUCAGAGCUAUUUAAUACUAUGGCAAAGGUGCACUUAAGUAAUAAGGGUCAAAGAUUCCC